GUUUGGUCUUCAGGUAAACAGAGCAACUGAUGAGAACAUAAAUGAUCUUACGGAUGACAUUGUAGGCUGUGGCUAUACUGGAAAGGUCUCCGUGGACAAAAAAGACCUCAUCAUGAGAGCGAUUGUGUUGCACUCAACAAUGAGACUUGUGCCAAUGCUUGACCAACUGAGAAAAGGCCUGCAGCUGUACGGCCUGCUUGAAGUGAUGAAAACCCACCCAGAUUUGUGUUUGCCUAUGUUUGUUCCUAGGGAAGAUGGCAGAGUGGAUGCAGCCUUUGUCCUCGAAAGAUGCCAACCUAGGUUUAGUGAGAUGGGUUCUGUGAGAUACAGCAGAGAAGUGAACAUCAUGAACUUUUUUCAAGACUUUCUACAAAACAUAGAGGACUGUGAAGAACAAGAUGGUCAGAAUGAGGAUCCACAGCAGCUGACCGUUGGCAAACUCAUGCAGUGGAUAACAGGACAGGCACACAAGCCAGUGCUGCCCAGUGAGAAGAAGGACUUCUUCAUUUCUGUUAAAUUUUACCAUGACUGUGACUCAAGUCAUACCAUUUGUUUUCCUGUUGUCUGCGCCUGUAGCCGCACAAUCACAUUUCCAGUUGCACAUCUUGCAACCCUGAAUGAAUUCUCAGAAAAUAUGAAAGCAGCCAUUACUUACGGACAAUCAUUUAGCCUCGUCUGAGUGAUUUUGCUUUUUGUUAGCAAAAUGUGCUGUUCUGUUGGAACUUACAGGCCAUACCACAGUGGCCAAUGUUUGUUAGUAAAAUCCUUAAAGUUCUGUCAGUUUUAUAAGUAAACACUUUCCAGGACUUUGUUAUUUACCAGAGGUUUUUAAAAACAUUUGUGUAAGUUACAUUCCGCUGUUUGAGAUACAAGAAAUUCAGGUCAAGGAAUGAAAGUUUAGAAACCUUCAAUGUUUUUAUGAAGGAGUUUGAAAGUUUUUUUUCUAAACAAAUAAAUUGAAUUAUUGAUGCAAA